AUGCAUGUGGAGAUAGAAGAACCUCCCAGGAUAGUGCUCAGCGGCACGCCGCGAGAAAUCGGCCUGCAACAUGGCAAGCAACUCUAUUCCCAGAUCAAAAAUCAGCUCACCGUCUACGAGGCCAUGUUCCAACAUACCUCGAAGAUGUCGUGGGAUGACGUACUCGUCCUGGCCGAGGAAUUCCGCGCCACCAUCGCGCGGUCCACCCCCGACCUCCUGGCCGAGAUGCAAGGCAUCGCCGACGGGGCGGGCCGUACACUCCUGGAGAUCGUCGCCCUGAACUGUCGCAGCGAGAUCUCCUUCGGCAAGUUUGCCGACGGCUGCUCGAGUCUCGCGCUGCACCGACGGGACCGGGGCCGCAUCCUCGCCCAGAAUUGGGAUUUCACCACUCGAGUACAGGGCAACCUCGCACUGGUCGAGAUCAUCCAACCGGACAAACCAGUCAUUUACAUGGUUACUGAAGCCGGCAUCGUCGGCAAGAUCGGCUUUAACAGCGCCGGCGUGGGCGUCUGCCUCAACGCCAUCCGCGCCCAUCCCUGUCUCAGUUCCAAACUGCCGAUCCAUAUCGCCCUGCGCCUGUGUCUGGAGAGCGACUCCGUCGACACGGCGGUCCAGAAACUGUCCUCCCUGGGCGGCGUCGCCUCCAGCCAGCACAUUCUCAUCGCGGACCCUACUGUCGCCCUGGGGCUGGAGCUCUCCCCUCUUGGGGAUGAUCAUCUCCCUGAGGACGAGUACGGCAUGGUCACCCACACGAACCAUUUCCUGCUCAACCGGCGGGUAAUCGAGCCGCCGUGGCUGUCCGGGUCGCCGGUCCGGUUGGCCCGGGUGCGUGAGCUGGCGAGAGAGAUUGUCGACAGCAAAGUCCUCGAGGGGGGUGGUGCUGAGCUUGCGGGUACGGUGCUUCGCGGUCAGAUCUUCUCUGAUACCUGCGACGGCCCGCAGUCGAUCUGCUGGCAGGAGGAUCCAGCACAACCAAAGAUUGUCCGGACGGCGACGUUGUUCAACAUCGUGAUGCGGUUGGAGGAAGGCAAUCUGGGGGCGGAGGUUGUGUUUGGCAAGCCUGGAUCGGGAAUGGAGAGUUCGGUGAUCAAGUUGCCAUGGCGGUGA